AACUUGUGAGGCGGUACUUCUGGCGGCGUGGAGAGAUCGAAAUGGCGACAGAGGGGGACGUAGAGCUGGAAUUGGAGACCGAGACCAGCGGCCCCGAGCGGCCCCCCGAGAAGCCUCGGAAGCAUGACAGUGGUGCGGCUGAUCUGGAGCGGGUCACGGACUAUGCCGAGGAGAAGGAGAUCCAGAGCUCCAAUCUGGAGACGGCUAUGUCCGUCAUUGGAGAUAGACGAUCUCGGGAGCAAAAGGCCAAACAGGAGCGGGAGAAGGAACUGGCAAAGGUUACCAUCAGGAAGGAAGAUCUGGAGUUGAUAAUGACAGAGAUGGAGAUCUCCCGAGCAGCCGCAGAAAGAAGCUUGCGGGAACAUAUGGGCAAUGUAGUAGAGGCUCUUAUUGCCCUUACCAACUGAUGGUGUGCUUUCUCAGGCAUUUUUUGGACUUGAUGCAAUAAAAACAAAAAAGUUUUUUAGUUUUA